AACAGAAAUUUUCAUAUCAGCGAGAAUACCAAUUGAUUUUUGGUUUGUGCCAUCAACCGAGCAGGCCAUGACAUGUGACUUUGACGCGUUUGUUUUGAUUUCGCAGCUUACAGUCAAACGUCCCCGCAGUAACAGAUCAAAACCAUGAAACUCGACCUCGAUCGGCUGGCGAUUGUCAACGGAUACAUCCUCGGACUGGGUGCCUUGGUGUUCUUCUCGGUUGCAUCCUAUUUUGGGAACACGAAAAGUCAGUACUUGAAGGAAACCUUUUUCGACUAUAAAGGAGGCUCGGAUGGCCUUAACAAUGUUGUUAUUUUACUACACAUCUCCAUAUUUAUUCAAUUUGUGCUGUUGAUUGGAGUUUUGCAUAAACGUUUCUCCACCAUCUUUUGGUACGGUGUAUUAUGUUUGGUGCAAGUAGUAUUCGCCAUACUAUUAGUUGCCGAGAUUCCCGAGAAUGGAAAUAUUGUGGUAUACGUUGUGCUGUACUUUCUCUACGUCGUAAUCUCCUUGUUGAUGCUAAUGUUGUUUGCCGACCUGGAUAGAGGAUUCUAUUUCUAUUAAAAUUGAUUUGCGGAGCAUUCGAUGAUUCGGUCAUCGAAAAAUUUAGGUUUUUCCGUGCUUAAGACUGAUAACAGCGAAGUAAUUCUUUUCAGGAUUGAGAAAACCAACGAAAAAGCAAUGACAAAUGUUUCGCCAGCAGAAGAAAAAUUCAACGGUUAUGAAGAUCGGAUAUUGUUCACAGGAAAUUCAAUGGAAAAUAUAUAAUUGC